CAGGGCUUGCCAAGACGCUCCCGGCAGGACCCAGCCUCUCUUCUCCAUGCGCCGGGAGAGCCGGGAGUUGCGGGCGCCUCUGUUAGCCGGCCAUGGAGCAAACUUACGGCGAAGUGAACCAGCUGGGAGGCGUCUUCGUCAACGGGAGACCCCUGCCCAAUGCCAUCCGGCUGCGGAUCGUGGAGCUGGCUCAGCUGGGCAUUCGGCCUUGCGACAUCAGCCGGCAGCUGCGAGUGUCUCAUGGCUGCGUGAGUAAGAUCUUAGCCCGCUACAACGAGACGGGCUCCAUCCUUCCCGGCGCCAUCGGCGGGAGCAAGCCGAGGGUCACCACGCCCAAUGUGGUGAAGCACAUCCGAGACUACAAGCAGGGAGACCCGGGGAUCUUCGCCUGGGAAAUCCGUGACCGGCUGCUGGCCGAUGGCGUCUGCGACAAGUACAACGUGCCCUCGGUGAGCUCCAUCAGCAGGAUCCUGAGGAACAAGAUCGGCAACCUCUCGCAACCCGGCGGGCCUUAUGACAGCGGUAGUGGCGGCAGCGGCAGCAAGCAACCCGCCCCGCAGCCGGCGCUGCCCUACAACCACAUCUACCAGUAUCCUUACCCCAGCGCGGUGUCCGCCACCGGCACCAAGAUGGGCAGUCAUCCCGGCGCGCCAGUCUCCGCAGCCCACGUCAGCCUCCCUCGCUCUUGGCCCUCGGCUCACUCGGUCAGCAACAUUCUGGGCAUCCGCACCUUCAUGGAACAAAGCGGAGCUCUGGCUGGGACAGAGGGCUCUGCCUACCCUCCCAAAAUAGAAGACUGGCCGAGUGUGAACAGAACCACCUUCCCUGCUUCCGGACAAGGCGUCCACGCGCUUGACAAAUCGGCAGCGGAAGCAGACAUUAAAUACCCCCAGCCGCCUCCUGGGCUCUCGGCUGUGAGUACCUUCCUGUCCCCAUGCGCGUACCCGUCUUCAAACCAGCCCAGUGUCUACGGCGGGCCCGGCGGAGGCUACCUAAGUCCGGCCCAUCAUCACUGGCAGACGCAAGGCAACCCCCUGGCCCAUCAUCACGGGCCCGGAGUGGCGGUCCACGGAGGAGAGUUGGCUUCCGCCGUGGCCUUCAAACAUGCGCGAGAAGCUGUGGACAGAAAACAAGCCGCUAGCCCUGCAGGGAAAGCUCCAGCAGAUGCCCUCGCCAACAUUCAUGGACUCUCUAUUCCAUCCUCUUCGUCUUAGAGAGCAUUGAAGGCGGGAAACGGCGUCUGACUCAGGCAGAGGAAGCUCGGAGGCGGGAAAGAGUUGGAGGAGCUUCCCUGCCCCGCCUUGCGGUCAAGGUUUGAGGAGAGGAGAAGCUGCAGCCCAUAAACCAGCUCGCGGCGACAGGGCGGCAAAAUCUACCCUGCGUUCUUUCUCUGCGCAUUCCCGCCCAAUCCAAAGCGGAGGAGGAAUCCGAAAGGCGAACUUGUCUUUGACUGUCGCGGGCGCACUAAAGACUCCGUGGAGUGAGGGUGGGGGAGAGGGGGCCACUGAGGGACCCGGCAAAAAACCAAACAAAACUGUUUUGCCUCUCCUCGGUAGGAAUCGCUGACGAAGGAAAGGUCUUUGGAUUUACAGAGAGCUGAGCGAAACUCAAGAAAACGUUUGGUUCGAAGACAUUUUGAGGAGGUGGAAACAAUCCAAACGGGAUCCUCUCCCUGACUAAGACUAACACAAUGCUUUAAAACCAAACCCAAACAAAAAAAACCCUGACGAUUUUAUGACCCUUUUUGCUUCCCCAAAUCGACCGCCUCGAAGUAGGGCUGGCCCUGUAACUUUGCUACUCUGACUUCCCCUCACAGCAGGAGGCAAGUUGGACUGACCUCAAAUUGUCACAGAAACACUUUCUUCUUUCUUCCUCUCUUUCUUUUUCUGGAUGCAAGAGGAGAGUUAUUUCUCCCCACAUCCAUCCCAAACACAAAUCUAAUUACAAUCUUCCAUUCUGCCUCAUUUAAAAGACAAGAGCCAGCAAAUAUCAAACACUGGGAGACUGAACUGAGGUUUGGCAGCUCAAUAUGAUUUUUGAACAAGGAUUCCAUUUCCUUUUUCUUAAUGGUAAAGAGUUCUGGAAUUAGCAACACAGCAAAAUAACAUUUUAAUUUUUUUGUUUUGUUUAAAUACAGGAGGGAAUAACAAUAAAAGGACUGUGCUCUGUGAAGCACACACCUGCACACCUUUCCUCCCUUUCCAGGCCUAAGCAGUCACAAUGCCUCAGCUCAACCUUCUGUGCUGCUAAAGUCCACUGCUUUUGUCCUGUAGUGAUGCCUCUAACCCCUAAUAUAAAAGGACAAGUCAGUAACUAUCUUUUCUGAUUUUAUAUUUUUAUAACAA